AUGUCUCAUGAUGACGAGACGAAACCUCCGAGUGAAUACCAACGCUUACUCACAAACCCACCGCCAAGGUUACCCAACCAUGGGAACCUCCCGGAAUCGACAACUCUAGACGAGUAUUCUACACAUCCCUAUAAUAGUCCUCACUUCGACGGAAGGGAACGAGCACGAGCAUCUCGUUACCCCGAACAGGCGUCUACGUGUCGAAAUUCACUCGAAAAGGAGAUUAUCGUAAAUCCCAAGGAUCGACACGCACUAAUAACGGCGAUAAUCCUCCUCUCCAACAAUCAAGAACCGUCAACUUCAGCUAAUGGCCAGUUUCUGACCUGGCGUGAGUCGACGAUCAAGAACCUGCAGUUGCCCGAGCCGACUGCACGCGCACUCUACGCACUCGUGACAAACGCAUUUACUCCAGUGCAGCUUGUUGCCGCUGGUCAGAUCCAGCGAUUUCUGAACAAUCAUCCAGCCGAACCCAUCCCACGCCACUUUAUUUCAGAAGAAAUUGCGGAAAUACACGGAAAUCAUGGAUGGUGUCUCAUUGGGAAAUGCGGUUUGGCUCGCAUCUCGUUCAAAAUUACUCGUCCAACUUCGGCAAGCAUCGCCACGGAGAAUAGGCUGGAAGAAGAUCACUCACGCAAAGACAUUCAAUCGCUAUCUAUUCACAUCCGGGAUUCUCACUUCAAGCAGACGCCUUUCCCAUGUCUUUUAUGUCCAGCAUCGUUUGACAGCGAAGUGUCCAACCUGUGGAGAUAUCCUCUACAACCACGAAUUACGACAAAGACACCAGCAUUCCAACCAUGCAAAGCAAAGCAUUGGGGACAGAUUCCUUCGUCUUCUCACUAG